CGACGAUAGCGUCGAGGAAAGGGCGGCGUCUCGCUCCUCCUCGUCCUCUCGUGACCGUUUCGUUUUCGUACAGUGAUAAGCUUCAUGUCUGAACUUUGUGAUAGGUGUAAGGCACGCAAAGAAACAAAGAUUAGUGUGACAGCUGUUAUCAUCUGAAUGAUGUACAGAAAGCGUUUGUCAUUCUCAUGGCCUUUGAAAGUGCAAAACUCUAUAAGAGUGGACGACUUCUGACGAAUAUAUACAUAUAAAAAAAAACCUUUAAAAUAACAUCCAUAUAUAGUUUUAAAUAAUACUUUGAGAGAAGAGGGCGAUUUCUUGUGAUUAGAUUAUUAUUGGCCAUGCACUGAAGCUCAUGUCUGGAGGGCACCCAGAAUCGUUGUGGACCUAAGCCAAGCAACUUUCCCCACCUCGAACGUCACGCCAGCGCCGCACCUCAGCAAAGUGGUAUUGUCAUGAGGUGCCACGGCGUGUCUGGGUAUGUGGCACGAUGUGUGUCUGUAAUGCUUCUCUCUGUCUUCAGAGCAAGCACGACUUUCGGAACUGGUCUUAUCGACAUGGAAUACCCGGAACUAUCCACUGCCCCGUACUUCAUGGCCGUCGGGAACCGGAAUGUUAACACGACGGUCGGACAGACGGCUUACCUGCACUGCCGCGUCGCGCAGAUCGGGGACAUAGCGCAAGUCUCGUGGAUCCGGAAGCGGGAUCUGCAUGUCAUCAGCUCUGGCAGCGUGGUCUUCGCGUCUGACCAGAGGUUCCAGGUGCUGCACCCGGAGAAGUCGGAGAACUGGACGCUGCAGAUCAAGUACGCUCAAGAGAGAGACUCCGGAGUGUAUGAAUGCCAAAUCAACACUGAACCGAAGAUCUUUCUGUCUUAUUUUCUCACCGUGGCUGAGUCGCGCGCGCUGAUCCUUGGCCCCGGCGUCGUGAAGGCGGGCAGCGCCAUCAACCUCACCUGCUCCGUCAGCCAGGCGGGAAUGGAAGGACUCAUGUACUGGUACCGCGACCAAGAGAUCCUGGACUACGAGGGGCCGGUGUCCAUCCUGACGCAGGAGACGCCGGAGGGAACCACGUCGCGCCUCACCAUCAGGGACGCCGCGAUCUCAGACUCCGGCAACUACACCUGCUGGCCCACCUCAGCGCAGCCCUCCUCCGUGCUCAUCAACGUCGUCCUCGAGGGAGAGCAGCCAGCGGCCAUGCAAACUGGUGUGGGCGCGCACACCUGUCCUGCGUCGCACCUGCUGUGGGUGCUGUUGCUCUCUCUCGCCCUCACCCUUCUGCCUAGGCCCAGAUGAUAGACCCGAGAGAAAAGUGUAAAGUGCAAAGUAACAACAGACGUAUGAGACAGCCAGACGUCAUCCUUAACGUGCCUCUUGCCUUCUCGGAGCGAAUGCCGCCCCCCCCCCCGCCCACGGAGGCGCCUGAGGGAGGCGAGCGUCGCUGAGGCAGGCCAAGGGCGCUAGUUCGCUCCGACGUGACCAAGUCCGUCCGCCAGGUUUCUUCUCGCCUUCCUCUUAGCCUUGUUAUUGGUAUUGCUUUCACGUCUUAGCCUUAUUCUUAUUAUUUUAAUUUUUGUUUUUCUUGUCUUCGUUAUUAGUUUUCCUUCUCGGCUUCGCGUUAACCGCAUUAUUACUCUAUCAUCAUCACCACCAUUGCCAUGUUACUGUUAGUGUUAUUGUUAUUGAUAUAAUUUUUGUUAUUAUUAUUAUCAUUGAUAUUAUUAUUAUCGUUAGUAGCAUUGUUAUCACUUUCAUGAGUCUUGUUUUUUUUAUUUUUUGCUAUGAUUCUUUGUCUUGAACCUCAUCUGUUAGUGUCAAAUCUCAACAAAAGAAUUAAUACUAAUAUGAGAAUAUUAGAAAAAAAAUAUAUAUAUACAUACCAAGAGGGAUUUAUGAAAGGAUGAUGCAAUUAUUAGCCAAACAUGGAUAGCAUUUUGUUAAUGUAGUUAUUUAUCAUCCCGUUAAUUUGUUAUUGUCUGUUUGCCUCUGGGUGUUCGUCUGUUCGUCUCUUUAGUUCAACCAAACUACAUUUCCCACUAUUCAUGAGUCUGAUUCUUUGUCUGUCUGUCUCUGACUUUUCUUUCUCUCUGUCUCUUAGAAACCCCCUUCCCCCCCUCUCUCUCCCUCUAUCUAUCUAUUUAUCUAUCUAUCUAUCUAUCUAUCUAUCUAUCUAUCUAUCUAUCUAUCUAUCUAUCUAUCUAUCUAUCUACCUACCUAUCUAUUUAUAUAUCCUCGGUGUCUUGUCUUGAUGUGUUGAGGUCGAGCUUUUAUACACUAAACAGUGGGAGUGUUUCUUCGUGAAACUUGCAUCUGUAACGAUCAUUCUACUGCCCCUGAAUGAUGGCCCGAUGAUAACUUGGUCGGAAUUCAUUCAUACUUCAUUUACAUUAUAAGUGUGUAGGUACAUGCAUAAUGUUUAAGGAUGUUAAACGUCAAUGUUGAAUGGUCUCGUUUUCAUAGUCCAUGUAUGGAGGCCUAAGACUUCUUUCCCUGCAGACAGAUUAACCACAGACAAUGUUCGAGAUCUAAAAAGAAAAGCAAUGACUAUGAAAUCUGAUACAUUAAAAAUGAAAAUAGAAAAUAAUAGAUAAAAGAGAAUCAUAUAUAUAAAUAGUAAAAAAUAAUAUAAAAGGGUUUACUGGAAUGCGGAGGUUAAAUUUGUACUUUGAAUUUCUUAAUGCACACACGCUUCUACCUGAAACACGGAAAAAAUAAUUAGCAAACAACCCAAGAGUGGAACAAGCGCGUGCCUCACAAUGCACAAUUGUACAGUUCAGUGUUUUGUUAUAGUGUUGCAUCUGAAAAUCAAAGAAAAUGUCUCCAUGGAAAGAGAACCAGUUAAAAGACAAACAUACAUACACAGACACAAAAUAAAUUAGAUGAACAGAUGAGUCACUUUUCUGAUAGACCUUUGUAAAUGUGAACAAUGAGAGGCUUUAUAUCGUGAACGUUCAUAUUAAUGAUAUUAAUGAAAAGACUUACAUGUUCUUAUCGUCAAUGUUGUCACAGAUAUUUUGAAGAGAGCUUAUGAUAUUUACAGAAUUGUAUAAGAUAAAAAUAGA